AUGGAUAAACUCGCCAAAAGUUCGCCCACCUUAGGGCUCCCAAUAGCAUUCCAUGGCACAGUGAUUCAUUCCCGAAGUCUAAGUGACCUUGAAACGCUCGAGAAUUGCUUCCUGUUAGUAGACAAGACCGGCAAGAUCCAGGCACUACAAGCAGAAGUCGACCCCAAUGAAGUCAACGCGAUCAUUUCAGACCUGGGAUACGCACCAGAUGUGUUCCCUGUCAAGUAUUUGCAACGCGGUCAAUUCCUAUGUCCCGGAUUCGUGGACACCCACAACCACGCGCCGCAGUGGGCCCAACGCGGGGUUGGUCGUGGAAAGACACUAUUGGACUGGUUGAAUGAUGUCACAUUUGCCCAUGAGGCCAAAUUUGAGGAUCCAGCUUAUGCUAAGCGCAUGUACUCUUCCUGUGUGUCGGGUUUCCUGCGACAGGGCGUCACGACGGCAUCUUACUAUGGAUCUUUGCACGGGAAAGCAACACAGAUCCUGGCUGAUAUCUGCCUGGAGAAGGGACAACGUGCUUUAGUUGGGAAGUGCAAUAUGAAUCGUAACUCGCCUGACUGGUAUAAAGAUCCAUCGGUCGAAGAUUCACUGUACCAAACUCGGGCGUUGAUUCAGCAUAUUCAGAACAUCGAUCCGGAUAGCAAACUCGUGCGCCCGAUCAUUACUCCUCGAUUUGCUAUUUCCUGCGAACCAGAGCUUCUCAGUGGUCUUGGAGUGAUCGCCAAAGAGAACCCCGAUAUACCGAUUCAAACGCAUUUCAACGAAGCUAAAGGAGAAAUGCUCUUCACGAAGGAGCUAUUCCCCGAAUUCCGCACUGAGACAGAACUUUACAAGUCCUACGGGUUAUUGAACGACCGCUCAAUUCUCGCACAUUGCAUCUACUUGGAAGAAGAGGAAAUAGAAGCGCUCUGCGAUCUGCGUUGUGGUGUGGCACAUUGUCCCAUUUCGAACACGACCAUGGACUAUUUUAUGGUAGCACCUAUACGCGAGUAUCUACGACGGGGUAUCAAAGUUGGACUGGGAACGGAUAGUGGAGGUGGCCACUCUUCAUCUAUGCUGGAGAUCAUGAGACAGGCAUUUGUCGUUUCGAUCGCCCGACAAGACGCUACCCAAGGGCAGGACCCUGCACUGACCUUGUUUGAAGGAUUCUUCCUGGCGACACUAGGUGGGGCCCAGGUUUGUGGCUUAGAUGAUAAGAUUGGAAAUUUUGCAAUUGGCAAAGAAUUUGAUGCCCUUGAAGUGCAUUGUGAUGGGGGGAAUCUUGGAGUGAUGACUCCCGUUGAAGACGAUGAUCCGGUCUCUGUUAUUUUUGAAAAGUGGAUAAUGACUGGAGAUGACAGGAAUAUUGCAAAAGUCUUUGUAUGCGGGCGCUCAGUGAAAAUAUAG